AUGGCCGAUGACCCACCACCGCCGCCUAGGCGUACCAUGGGAGACUAUUGUCGCAGAACAGAUGCAGGACAAAUUUCUAUGGGGUUCCAACCGGCGAAUCCUGUGACAUUUGACAUCAAGAAUAUAGUUCUCACCGGGCUAAGGGAUAAACAAUUUGAUGGAAGUGCAAUCAGAGAUCCAUGGGAGCAUCUGGAACGCUUUUAUGAGACAUGUACUAUGUGUCGCCCUGAAGGUUACACUGAUAGUCAAAUUAAACUCAGGUUGUUUGGGUUUACUUUGAUGGGAAGAGCAAAAGACUGGUUGCAGUGUAUUCCGAGUGGUACCAUAAACACUUGGAAAGAGCUCGAAGAUAAAUUUUUGGAGCGUUAUUUUACUAAUGAUAUGUUUCUGGCAAGAAGGGCUGAUAUUAUUGAUUUUGAACAGGGCGAGUCAGAGUCUCUAUAUGAAGCCUACGAGCAUUUCAAAUUGUUAUUGAGGAAAUGUCCGAAUCACUCUUUGGACAACAUGGAACAAAUGCAAAUAUUUAUCAGAGGUCUGAGAAUGCAAUCCAGAAUGCUUAUAGAUGCCUCAGCUGGAGGUACAAUUAGAAAUAAAAAUGAGGAUGAAGUCAGACAACUGGUGGAGAACAUGUGCAUGAAUGAGUAUCGUUCCAAAAGUGACAGGAAGAGAGGUGUGAUCGUAGUUGACACAAACACAGCUCUACUAGCCCAGAUCGAGAUAUUAAACAAAAAGUUAGCUGCAAAGUCUUUAGCAGAGGCGAAUGCUAGUCAGGUUCAAGAAGUCAAAUGUGAUUUUUGCCACGGGCCACACGCUAAUGGAAUGUGUUCACCUGAAGCUGGAGAAGUUAAUUAUGCCGGAGGAUAUCAGAAAAAUAACCCUUAUUCCAACACAUAUAACCCAGGUUGGAAAGAUCACCCUGAUCUGCAGUGGGGUAAUCAAGGUAAUUUUUCUCAAGGGAACUCUCAAAAUCCACAAUCUAGAAAAUCAUCUCCCUUGGAAGAAACAAUUAAUAAGUUCAUGCAGAUGACUCAGAGUAACUUCGAAGCCAUGAGAGCCAGUCAAGAAACAUCCAACAGAAAUCAUGAAGCUUCCAUCCGAAAUCUUGAAACACAAAUUGGGCAAAUAUCAAAACAGGUGGCUGCUCAGUCUAAUGGGGGUUUUGCUGGAAACACGUUGGAUAAUCCAAGGAAUGAGAGUUGUAAUGCCAUUGGGUUGAGAAGUAGAGUUGUACCAUCGGUAGUAAGUAAAAAGAGUGAGAAAAUAAAAGAGUCUGAAGUAGAGAAAAAGAGUGAAACUGAGGGAGAAGUAGAAAAUGAGUGGUUGAUUGUAAAUGAUGGAGAAGUAGAAAAAGAGGGUGGAGUCGAAAAAAAUGAGAGACUAGAGGAAGAAAAAAGUGAGAAUGAGAAUAAGGGAAACACUGAGGGAGAAGUCGAAAAGAUAGAAAAAUUAAUUGAUGCAGAUUCGAUGCUCAGAAAAACCAAAGCCCAACUUCUCAAGGAACAUGGGAUAGAGCAGGUAAUUCCUUCUUAUGUGAAGCUUCCAUAUCCUCACCUUAAGAAAAAGAAAGAAAAGGAAGAAGGGCAAUUCAAAAGGUUCGUAGAGGUGUUCAAAAAUUUGCAAAUUAAUGUUCCCUUCAGUGAAGCUUUGGAGCAGAUGCCGAUAUAUGCCAAGUUUAUGAAAGAUCUCUUGUCAGGUAAGAGGAAACUUAGGGAUGACGAGAAUGUUGCCUUGUCUGAGGAGUGUAGUGCAAUUUUGCAAAGGAAGCUUCCCCCGAAGUUGAAAGACCCUGGGAGUUUCACUAUUCCGUGUUCAAUUGGUAAGGUAAAAGUUGAAAGAGCUCUUUGUGAUUUAGGAGCUAGUAUUAAUUUGAUGCCGCUAUCCAUGGUAAGGAAACUUGAUUGUGGGGAACCCAAGCCAACAAAAAUGACUCUGACAUUGGCUGAUCGCUCCAUCACGUAUCCCUACGGAGUUCUUGAAGACGUGUUGGUAACAGUUAAUGAUUUAUUUUUUCCAGCCGAUUUUGUUAUACUUGAUAUGAAUGAAGACUCAGAAGUCCCCUUAUUGUUGGGAAGACCAUUCUUGGCUACCGGUAGAGCGUUGAUAGAUGUGGAGUUAGGUGAGCUAAUGUUGAGGUUUCAAAAUGAACAAGUGACUUUUAAUGUAUUUGAGUCUAUGCGUCAUCAGAAUGAAAACCCUCAAUGUUACCGGGUUGGUGUAGUUGAAGAGUUAGAGGAGGAAAUUGCUCAAGAUGAGCCACCAAUUAGAUCAAUCGAGCAAGUUAAUGUUCUUGUUGAAGAAAACAAAAAGAAGGGAGGAAGCAUGAAACAGAUGAAAGCUCCUAUGGAAACUUCAAAAACACCUCUGAAAAAGAAAAGAAAAAAAUGGAGGAACAAGUGGGAGAGGUUUAGGAAACUGACACUUGAAAAUUUGGUCUUUGUUUCUAAAAAGGAUGAUAUAUGCCCUAAGAAGGAAGAAACCAAGGUUGAAAUAACUAUCAAGUAUCCACCCUAA